AUGCUUGGCAGUCUCCACACUGUGGCCCGUAUGCCAAAAACAUCUACCGCGACGAGGCAUCGUGGGCGGCUGACCUUCCUGGCCCUGACCGUUUUGGUUGUUUCGGUCAACAAUGCGACCGGGGCCCAUGCUUGCCCACCAGUGGUGCUCGUGAUUACUCUGGGUGUUGUCCCUUUCAUGUUCUUGUCGUCCUGGUGCUUUCAUGAACGGCCUGGGAGCAGUUUGCUCAACAUCAACGAUGCCCGCUCGAGCGACAAGCUGCUGCAGCUGAUGAUUAUUUCGAUCAUUCUCGUGCAUUUGCUUCCUUUACUGAUGAUGGGCACGAAGCAAAGUAUCACGGAGAGUUUGUUUGACCAGGUUCUGCCGUACUUCGCGGCUUACUAUCCGCUGCUGGAUGACGCCGUCCUCGUCACCUCUCUGAUCAUUGUCUAUGGCAUUGCUGGCAUCGCAGUUACUGUUGCAUAUGGCACCUCGAUCACUCCAUCGAUGGCGUCGAUGAUUUGGCAGCAGGCAGCAUUUGCAGUCCUCAUCCGAUUUUUCAUCUACAUGCGAGAGUCGCGCUACUCGCAAGGAUCUUCAUAG